AUGGCAUUCUGCUUAAAUAUGAAGUUUAAUGUGUGUUACUUUGACAUUCUGAGAAGGCUAACUCAGAUUGCAUGGCAUAAAAACAGUAUUUCCACCCAUCUGAGAUCAUGUUUCACAACUUUAAGUGGAAAUCAGGUCAAUUACUAUGAUAUAUCUGACAAGAGGGAUCUGACGGAGUCGUCAGCAUUUGAGAAGAAUGACCAGAGAAGGAGCUGGACCAACAGAGACGAUAGCACGAGCGAGGACUAUGUGGACACAAACGACCGGAUUAAACCUCUACAAAGGUCAGUGGCCACCUACAGGACCUGCAAGGUCACGAAUUCAAGGUCAAAGGUCAAUGUAGCCAUAAACAGCAUGGAUGGAGAUGACGUAGUUUCUGGAAUUUGCUACAAUAUUCUUGGAGUUGAGAGUGAUAUGAGCCUUGAGAAUUUGUAUAAUUAUCUGAGGAAUCAGAAUAUCAGCAGGAAGCUGAGUAUGGACCACUGUGUUAAGAUCCUGCUGCUGUACGAUAGGCUUAAUGGCCUUUCGCACGAGAUGAGGAACCUGAUCCAGUCGUAUAUGUAUUUGAACGUGCACAGGUUCACGCCGUUCCAAAUCAUUGCGACCUUUGAGGUCUUUGGGAAGCACCAGGAGAGGUACGAAAACCUUUUAAACCUACUGUGCCUGAUUUUCUAUGACCACAUGAUACCGUUGAUGAAGUGUAAAGAGCCGACCAGUGGUAGCGUUGGGGAACUUGGGAACGUGUUGGACUUUUUAAGGGUUUUGAAGGAUUUCAAGUUUAAAAAGCUGACUGAUGUUUUGUACGGGCACGUCUACGAUAACAUGGAGUCGUUGAGCACGGAUGACAUGAUUGAGGUCUCAAACACGUUUUUCAGAAGUAAAAAGGACGCGAACUUCGUGGAAAUGUAUACGAAGAUGCUCUCACGAAUAUUUAAGAUGCCACUUCUGGAUUUACAAAACUUUGAGAACUAUGUUCAACGGAUCUUGAAAGGAACCAAUAAUGAAGUUUCCGGAGAGAGUGGCAGCUCUAGUACUGCUGCUACGGGUGCCGAUGCUGACACCUCUAACAUACUGUUGGAUGACAUGAAAGCCUUGAAGGCGAUUUUUAACUGCAACUCAGAGUUUUUGAUAUCGUCAGUACAUCACAGAAUAGAGUUUAAAAGGCUAUGGAGGCAUAACAUUGAAACAAACAAUGUGAGUUGGAAGAGUCAAACGAGUUCAAAGGCAAGAGCAUCGGAUUACGCCAGUGUCGCAGUUUAUAUCGACUGCGGAGCUGCAGUUAGCUACACCGUCAACUUUCAGAACCUGUACGGAAAAAUAGAGCACCUUAUUUUGAAUAAGUUUAAGUUCCAGACAUACCCGAGGAUUUAUGUUUGCAACAUCAUAGCGACAGUGUUGGACUACUCAAGGUACUCAAAUGAAGUUAUCGGCGGCGAUGGCAGUGUGUGUGAUGGUAGCAAGGCACACAGUAUUCUGACAAACCUAUACGCACUUCUGAUUGGCCUGAAGGGCGAUUCUGAAAAUACAAUUAAUGAAUUAAAACUAGUAUCACCAAAGACGAUUUUGGACCAUUCGCACGUGCACUUUUAUAAAAUUGACCCUAAAUGCGAGUUUUACAGGGACGAUCAAGUGAAUUACUACAAGCCUCACCUGACAACACACACACUGUCCAGAGGAGAUCACAGACUGUAUUCACUGUUGAUGAGGGUUUUCACGAGCUACAUGAUGGAGAUACCAGAGUCUACGACAAAAAAUGACGGCUUGAGUCUCUGCAAGCUCAUUAGAAACGUUAUACACCCAUUCUACUGCUCAAGGAGAGUGCGCGAGAAGCCGUUUUUAGCAUUGGACAUGUUGCACAUGUCAGGGAACCUAAAUAAGAAGAGUACCAGCGAUUUCAGCAAAAUUGCCGCGGAAUUUGCGGAAAACAUUGAGAAGUCGCUGUCAAAUGGGCUGCUGGGUGAUUUGAUAAGUUUCGCAGAAGCGGCGAUGAAAUGCGUCUCAAAUAUGCUAUCUGAGGAUUUUACACUAAGUGAAAGGGUGCAAGUGCUAAGGACAAUAUCUUCAAUUAGCAUUUGUAACGGGGUACUAGAGCAAGAAAGUAGCAGUAGAGUGAAGGAAUACACAGACUCAACAGAAUACGUGCAUAAAUAUCGACAUAAAUACGCCUGUAUGCCUAUAUAUGCAAAUGUCUGUUCAGAGGAGGAUCGGGAAGAUAGACUCACCGUGGGACACGAUGUGAAGUUGCUCGACUAUAUUUCAGACUCGCUAGCGCUGGGGAGUUCCGACGGAGUAUAUGAGCUUUUGCGGGAGAAUCUGAAGCUGAUAUACCCCCGAAUGGAGUACUUCAGUCUGGAAGAACUCGUUUCACUUUCCAGCUGCAUUUCGUCAUCACUGAAUCACUUUUCGAAGUUGGACCUGGAGGGGCAUGAAAACCUAGAGAGUCUGAGUCAGACUCUGAAGAUACUGAAAAGGGAGUCAAAGGAGCAGUUUUACUCGAAAAGCGCCAUAGAAGAGGAGUUCAACGCGCAAACGACUAGCGUUUAUAAUUUUUUGAUGAUGUACCAUAUAUUUUAA